UGCAAGACAAGUACUUUAAAGCCGUCUGUCACGGGGAGCGAGCAGAUACACAGACCAGAGUUCCCGAGCGCCGAAGGUGAACUGUCAGAGGAGGUCAGAGGAGCGUUCUUUCUUUCCCUUUUUCUUUCUCACUCUCUGUCACUCUGUCAGCACAAGGCACCUGCAGGACAUCCUCCAAGGUCAGACAUACAUAGCUGGUGGGUUUUCCCAUGUUUCUUCAGUCUACCUGAAAGUAACGUCAUUGUACACUUAGGAAAUAACCGAGGACGCAAGUUCUCGAUUUUUAUUUUUGUUGUCUUCCUGCACACCCGUCCGCCUGUACAGUGGUGAGCGUGCUUCAGGCUCCAAGGACAAUUUUGAGAGGAACCUACCAUCGCUUCAAUGGAAUUCUGAAGGGUUCAGCUCUUUGGGCUUGCCUGCUGCCCCCACAGACCCUCAUUCUUUUUACAGCGCUUUCAGCUGUCACUCGAUUCUCCACAGUCAGUAGCAAGAAACACUGACACUGAGGCUGGUUGCUCCUAUCCCACGGGUUUCUUGGCAAGAGGACAAAAACCACGGGGGAGUGGAGGGCAGACGAAGUUGAGAGCAAGUGGCGGUACGCGUCUGGUGGAGUAAGGAGCACUGGGGUCAUGGACUCAGCUGGGGAGAGCCCUGUGGAGGGGGAAACGGUGUGUGCGGCGCUGGCCCGCUACGAGGCCACCCUACAGGCUGCAGUGUGCGAGCUCCAUGCAGAUGUGGGUGCUUUCAAGCUGGGUGUGGAACGUCGCCUGGAGGAGGUUGACCACCUGACUGGUCCACUGAGCCGGGCCGUGGCACAACUACAGCAGGAGAACCGGCAGCUCCGGAUCCAACUAGAGGCACUGACCCGCCGAGUGGAGGCACUUACGGGCACUGUGUGCGACAGGAGCGCCAUCGUUGACAGCAACAGCAAUGAUGGAGACGGCACCACCAAACCAAAUACACUGGAAUCGAUGAGUCGACCUUACAGCAGCCAGGAGGCCCUACAAUCCACAACCUGCCAGUCUGCCACAUCCACCAACAGUGAGGGAUCUGCUCCUAGCACUGGUGUUGGCCCCAUCCUUGGAUCGGCGGAGGCGCGAUUCUCCAGCCGGGCCACUAUUGCAGUGUUCAGCAAGAACAAUAGCACAGAGAGAGAAGAACCCAUUGACGUAGACCCUACCCCAGCAAGGACUGUGCUGGAAAAUGGACACCAAGCAAACUCAGGUGUUGUGUCCCAAGAGUUAAGGCUUUGCCCUGGAGACCCUCCACAGGAGCACCCAGCUUCCAUGGCUAGGUCACGCUUCCACCUUCCAAUCACCGCUACAACCAAAGCUUCAGAACCGCCUGCCUCCCCAAUAACCAAAGCCCCAGAGCCACUGGGAAGUCCUGCCAGAGCCCAGGCCCCACUUCCCAUGGAAUCUCAGCUAACCAGCCAACCAGCAUCAAGUAAUGCCUUGUUUCACCCAGUGUCAGAACCUCUCAGUCAGCCAGCACCUGAAGUGAAGACAUGGGCCCCAGGACCAGUGAAAACGAUGGGCUCUCCUGCUGCCACUGAUAGGACCUCAUCCCUGCUGUCCAAGUCAGUUACCUACUCUCCUCUCACACCACCCAGCACAGACAGGGGUAUCGAUGGAGACAAGGGAAUGUCUUUUGGCAGGGCCAUGGAAAAGAGGCGUGAGCUGGUGAGGUCACAGACUUUGCCACGUUCCAUUGGGGCACAGCCGCGCCGUCCAGGCUUUGAAAGGCUGGACUCAGAACCCAUCAGACCCAAGGCCCUAGAUUCCAAGCCCAAGCUGAAACGCUCACAGAGCUUUGGUGUGUCCAGUGCCAGCAGCAUCAAGCAGAUCCUCUUGGAAUGGUGCCGAUCCAAAACCAUUGGCUACCAGAACAUUGACAUCCAGAACUUCUCCUCCAGUUGGAGUGAUGGCAUGGCCUUCUGCGCCCUUGUACACUCCUUCUUCCCCACUGAGUUUGACUACAAUGCCUUGUUGCCUGCCAACCGCAAGCACAACUUUGAGGUAGCCUUCAGCACUGCGGAGGAGAAAGCUGGUUGUGACCGUCUUAUUGAAGUGGAAGACAUGAUGGUGAUGGGCCACAAGCCUGACCCCAUGUGUGUCUUCACGUAUGUGCAGUCCCUCUACAACCAUCUACGCAGGUUUGAGUGAGGACUAGACACCUUCCCACUUCUUCUUUCCCCCUGCAUUAUCACAGCUCAAAUCCUACCCACUCAGGGAUGGCCAUAACUACCACAUCACCCCCUCCUCUGUACAUUCAGAUUAAUAGUACACUCAUCCUGGAUUAUAAAGUCUGGAGUCAACACAGUCAAGUGGAGUGGAGGAAUCAUGGAACUACUACUUUAACCUAUUCUGCAGAUUUCUCCAGAAUAGAAGAUCACUAACCACUGCACAAAUGUAAAUCUCACUACCAUUCUCUGCUUCUCGUCGAUUCUUCGAGAAGCCUUAAUGUGAAUAAGGAGAAUGCACUGGGUUAUGAAUACAUUUGGGACCGGAAUUUAAUUUUUUGUACUUCCAAAGUCCCUUUUACCACUAAGUCGCAAUUGAAAAAGCUGAAUAAUACAGACAUCCCUGCACUUAUUAACAGGUGUUGUUUUGUAAAAACCUCAGACAAAGUAUAAUAAUGAAAUAUAGUCAGUAGUGCUUCCGUCUUUCCAUUGGCAGUAUACAAGAUACAAGCUGCAAACAGGGUAAACACAGUGGAUGAAGGAGGUCCGGCACUUCUGUUGUGUUUCUGUUCUGUCUCAGUGCGUUUUUGCUGCCAACUAAUGGAGGUACAUGGAAAGACGGACAAUCUCCAAAACAAACAAAAAUUUUAGAAAAUAUAACAGCAAAGAAAUGCAAUAAGAAAUAA